CCACAUUCUAUUUUACGCACUGGGUAAUAUUUCCCUAUCGAACGAGGUUGAUGUUGCUGGACGGGAACGGAACCUCUGAAAUUUUCAUUUUUCACUUUAUGGACAGCGAGUAACGGUGAAAAAUAACAGAAACGCAAAGUAGGAGAAAAAGGAAAAUGAGAAAUGAAAGAGAGAGGAAAGCAAAAGAAAGCAGCAACAAAGCCAAAGCGCUCUCUCUCUCUCAUAACUUUCAACGCAACCAACAAUGUUGGGUGGUCUCCAGAGUCACGAACUUCACCUCUUCUCCUUCUCAUUCUCUUCCCCUCCGUCGAGAAUUCCCGCCUCUCCGUCUUCCUCUUCCAUCUAGCUUCUCCACCUGCCGCCACUUGCCUCGGUACUAUUCUUCACCCUCUUCUCCUACUGCUCCUGAUUCUGAAUCCGGCUCUCUGGAAAUUCUCCGAUUUGGUUUGCCUUUUUGCUUUCCGAUUACUUGAACUCUUGUUCCCUUCCCUUAUUUCUUUCUUUGUUCAUUUCCACUGUUUUUCUACUUCUUGAUUGCUUCCGUUUAUUUCGUGGCUCUGAGCUGCGUCUCUGUUGGUUCUGGAACUCGGAAGCUUUCUCUGGAGCUUUUCGAGUUGCCCGAUUUGGAGUCUGUGUUAGGUUAAACUGGGAGAAAUGUGGAUGUAACUGUGGGAAGUACAGUGAUGAAAGCUCUCUUUGGAAGUCGCUGCUUAUCGGAUGUUGAAUUCUGGAUUUGAUCGUUUGUUUUUUUUGCUCCAUUUCCUUUCUUUUCACUCCGAUCGUUUUCCUUGGAUUCUUUGUGGAUUUUAUUAAGGGGGAGAACAACUGUUGGGAGUUUUCAGUGAGGGGGGAAGGCGACUGCGCUAUCUUUAGUUCGUCUCUUCCUCUACUUAUUUCAAUUUGCUUUUCCUAGAUAGUUAGGGUGGAAGGCUUUUUUAUGAUGAGCUUGCCUGCUGUGAUAACUGAAAAAGCUCUGGAAAUUAGGAUCGAGCUCACACAGGAUUCUGGUGACCUAGAUUUUCUUCCCUGCUGGAGUUUAGAACACAGCAUUGAGUGAUUUAGACUAGUCACAGGAGAUAUUUGAUGAGGCAGCUCAGAAGUACUAGCGUUUCCUUUUGGUGCAAGUGUAUUAGUCUAUUAGAUCAAGGCAGACAGGUUUAGCUGUAAACUGUUGGUUUGAUUUUUUUCUUUUGACAAAAAUCUUGUUUGGCAGCCUAAUGAGUUACGCCUAAUAUUGACCCUGGGGAUAUGGCUUAGACGAAUUGUUGUUGCCGUGAGAUCUGACCAAGUACCUUAGAGAACUGUCGAGCACGAAGGAAGGUGCUAAAGAUCGACCAUUGGGGUUUCCUGCAACAAUCCUUUAUCAACAAACAAAUCAGACAAUAUGCAUAACUAUGUCUUGUUUCAAGUUUCAUGUUGGUUUUAGGAUUCCUUGUGCAACUGGAAUGUAGCUUUUGUGUUUUUCUUUCUGAUUAGGAUAUAUUUUUCUGAAAUAUUCUUAUAUUUGUUUCUUUAAUGUUCUUCAUCCAUCCUGGUGCGCUUAGGGUUUCUCUCAUUCUAAUUAUCUGGCGCUUUAUCAAUGCAGGAUAUAGACUUCAGUUGUACUGCAAUUUCUCAUCCUGGAAAUGGGGACUUAAGAUGAAUAUCUGACCUUUCUGGAGUAGGUGAAAUGAAUGUGGAUUGAUUUAAUUCGAUCACAUCAUAGAUCUAAAUUUACGUCUGGAAAAAGCUGAGGAGGUACUAGUAAUUCUACAUUGAGAUAUAUGGAGUCUGCACGAUGUUGGUUCAGCAAAUUCAGGUCAAAAGACAAAGCAAGGCCUUCGAAAAAGAAAGAAGUCUACGGUAAAGAGGGGACUAAAGCACCAAGUAGUGAAGAAUUGCCGUCAAAUGUAACCAAACAAAGGGUUGCAGCUGCAAAGCAGUAUAUUGAAAAUCAUUAUAAGAAGCAGAUGAAAGACCUGCAGGAAAGAAGAGAGCGGCGAGAUAUGCUUGAGAAGAAAUUGGCUGAUGCGGAGGUCACGGAGGAAGAACAAAGCAACUUAAUAAAAUAUUUAGAGAAAAAGGAAACAGAGUUCAUGCGGCUCCAGAGACAUAAAAUGGGAGCUGAUGAUUUCGAGCCAUUGACAAUGAUAGGCAAGGGUGCAUUUGGGGAGGUUCGAAUCUGUAAAGAGAAGUCAACAGGUCAUGUAUAUGCAAUGAAGAAGCUUAAGAAAUCAGAGAUGUUGCGUAGAGGCCAGGUUGAACAUGUAAAAGCUGAAAGGAAUUUGCUUGCAGAGGUUGAGAGCAAUUGCAUUGUCAAACUAUAUUGCUCAUUCCAAGAUGAAGAGUAUCUAUAUCUUAUAAUGGAAUAUUUACCUGGUGGGGAUAUGAUGACUUUGCUUAUGCGGAAGGAUACCCUAACUGAAGAUGAGGCUAGGUUUUAUGUUGGGGAAACUGUCCUGGCUAUCGAAUCUAUCCAUAGGCAUAACUACAUCCAUAGAGAUAUCAAGCCUGACAAUUUGCUACUAGACAAGCAUGGCCACAUGAAGCUCUCUGAUUUUGGACUAUGUAAACCUCUAGAUUGCACUAACCUCCAAGAAAAAGAUUUUACGGCAUCAAAUAAACUUAGUGGAGCUCUUCAGAGUGAUGGACGACCUGCAGUACCAAGACGCACACAACAGGAGCAAUUGCAGCACUGGCAGAGGAACAGGAGGAUGCUUGCUUAUUCGACUGUUGGAACACCGGACUACAUUGCCCCUGAGGUUUUGCUGAAGAAAGGAUAUGGAAUGGAAUGCGAUUGGUGGUCUCUGGGUGCUAUCAUGUAUGAGAUGCUUGUGGGAUACCCACCAUUCUAUUCCGAUGAGCCAAUGUCAACUUGUAGGAAGAUUGUUAAUUGGAAGACUCAUUUAAAAUUUCCGGAAGAAGCAAGGUUAUCUCCCGAUGCUAAGGAUCUUAUCUGUAGACUGUUAUGCAAUGUAGAACUGAGGCUUGGGACUAAGGGUGCGCACGAAAUAAAGGCACACCCUUGGUUUAAAGGUGUUGAAUGGGAGAAGUUGUAUCAGAUGAAAGCUGCAUUCAUCCCUGAGGUCAAUGAUGAGUUGGAUACUCAAAAUUUUGAGAAGUUUGAUGAGGAUGACAGCCAAAUGCAGACUCCAAAUAAAUCUGGACCAUGGAGAAAGAUGCUAUCAUCCAAGGAUAUCAAUUUUGUGGGUUACACAUACAAGAACUUCGAAAUCGUGAAUGAUCAUCAAUUGCCUGGUAUAGCUGAACUGAAGAAGAAGAGCACAAAGCCGAAGAGACCCUCGAUCAAGUCCCUUUUUGAGGACGAGACAGCAGAGGAUGAUGCCAUUCAAACACAGCCUGCACAUGGCGGUGGUGGCAGCUUCCUGGGUCUCUUGCCUCCGAAACAUGAUCAUUAUGGACAACCGAGUAGAUCGAAAUGACCUUCUGACUCGUUUGGCAACAAGGUGUAUGUAUUAAUUUUCUGAUUGGAUGCGUUAACAUAUGCUAUACGCUUGAGCUGAAAACACCAGGAAGAAGGAAGAUCCAAACCACAACGGAAAUAGUGAGAGAAUAGCUUGCUAGAUGGCUCAUGGCUCUGGUUCGCCAUUUUGUGGAUUGGGUUUUACCGGGGCACUGGAAACACCAAACCAGCGUGUUGUGGGCGGAGGGCUAAACGGUGGCAGUUUUUGAAGUUCUUAUCCGAGAGCUUGUUGGGUGACGAGUUGGAUUGGUGGUGGUGGCGGCGGCGGCUAUGGAUUGCAUUAGUGUAAAAUGCUAAGAGUUUUGAGUAAAUAUUCUUUUAAGGACAUAUUUGUUGUAUUCUAUUAUUGCCUCUCUGUCAAUCAAGCUGUGAUAUAAUCUAUGUAUCCAUAUUGUUUGACCUCCCCAUGUGCUCUUUCUUUUGUACAUUUUUCUGGUUCCAACAAAUUUUAGGCAAGUGAAGCUAUGUUCGUUUACAAAUGGGACUGGGCCUGGUAGCUCAAUAGUAGUACCUCUUUCACGUCUGAUGGUUAGAAUGGAGCACGUUUGGGUAUUUGUUUUUUUAGAAAAAGUACUUUCUUAAUAAAAAUAGAGAAUGAAAUGAUAUAAAGUCGAGAUUUGAGAUGUGAAUAUUCUUAUUUGACUUGAUGGUAGUUACAUAAUUUUUUUUUAUCAUGAUAAAGCACUUAGGGCAAGGCCGGAAUGGCUCGGGCUAUAGUCGAAAGACUUCCUCAAUGUAGCAUUAUUGAUGAAUUCUUCGCAAAAAAUAACAACCAAGACAUUAUGCUAAGACAUCGCCUCAUAGCACCACUAAGGUGAGAGUGGAUAGGGUGCUAACACCCUAACACACUUAAGUGUUAGCACCAUACUAACACAUUCAUUAAGGGUAUUAUAGUAGUUUUCGUUCUCCCUUCCAUUUACGUAACUUUUCUAGGUUCCAUAUACAAAUUACAGUUUUGGUACCUGAACUUAAUAGCUAUUAAUAUUUAGUAACUUUUUUUUUACAUUCGAGCACUAAAAAUAUCGAUGAAAAAUUAUGUUUUAGUAUUUUAAAUUUUCUCUCUUACAUUUAGGUACCUAAAUUUUUUCAAAUUUACAAACAGGUCCACUAUUUGUGGCAUGCUUUAUAAACUUGUUACAUGCUUUGUGGACUUGUGGCAUGCUUUGUGGUUGUGACAUGUUUUGAGGUUGUGGCAUGCUUUGUGGUUGAAGCAUGCUCUGAGGUUGUAGCAUGCUUUGAGGUUGUGACAUGAUUCGUGGUCCCCCUUCCUUCCUUCCUCCCCUUCCCCAAUUUUUAAUAAUACCAAGCGUACCUCUCCUUGCUCUUCCCCCUCAUUAUUUGUGGUCAAUUCAUUUAAAUGGAAGAGUCAUUCAAACGAAAUGUUCGGAUUGACUGGAGCUAGUGUUAGCACCAUGCUAACAAAAAAAAUGUUAGCAUCCUAGCCCCUCUCUCACUAAGGUCAAGUAGUUCCGUAUAUAAGCGUGAGAAAUAUCGUAACAAAAUUUUACCAAAAGAAAAUGAGAUUAUUUCAUCACCUGAGUAGCCGACAGAACCAGUUGUACAAUCUUGAGGAUUUUUUGUAUCCUCAUCAAAUCGGACCAAUACACAUUCACUAGAGUAGUUUAUGUUUGGUCUCCUACAUAAGAACAAAACUCGAGCAUGGGCCAUGGAGAAUAUUAUUGUAUACGUGGCUCAUGCAAUGUAUCAAUAACCGAAAGAAAUAAUUGAUAUCGAAUUUCCUCUAUGCUGAGUAUUUACAAGAAGAUGUGGCUCACUUAAGAUAUAGUCCUUGAUUUAUCUUCAUAUCAUCAAUAAAUGGAUUAUGAUUCUCCUGCAAAAAGGCACUCACUAUGGUGUUAGAAAUAUCUAUCUCAAGAGACUAUAGCUUGCCCUUGAGGCAUAGUCGGAAUUACCGAAUAUACACUAUCAAUGGUG